AUGGCCGCGUUCAGCAUCCAGGGCAACGUCUCCCUGCUCGGCAUGGACCCUGAGGCGAUCGUCGAGGCCUGCGACGACAGCGCUCGCGCGUCCAGGCUCCCGCAGGCGCUGCUCGGGGUCGGCCUCGCCACCGCAACCAUGGCCACCUACGCGGCCGUGCUCAGGCGCCCGGGCGGCCAGGAGCUCGCGUACUAUUUCCUCGGCCUGGGCGGCGCCUUCGUCGCCGGCGUGACGGAGAUGUGGGCCGCGCUCUGGAUCUCCGGCGACGUCCCCGCUCGCCGCCGCAAGGGGAAGGUGAUCCUCUACGCGUCCGUCGUCCCGCUCGUGAUCGCCGGCGGGCUCGGCGGCUUCACCGUCGUUUUCAACUGAGUCGACGACGGCCGUGGCUUGCUGUACGGCCGCGUGCCAUGCGCGUGCGUGGCCCGUGAAUUGCCCUGGUAACCUUUACGAGUUUGUUAUGCCAAUAAGCCCCGAGAGUGUAAUCUCCUAUACAAAUUGUCUUACUUACAUUCAAAGUUAUGCAGAGGCAAGCUCAAAGGGGAAAAAAAAAGUUUAUGCAGAGGCCCAGGAGUGGAAGUCAGUC